AUGCUUCGCAUCUCAGUUGUUGCAAGAAGUAGUGAAUUUCUUUCUUUGAAACGCAUAAGCAAUCACUUGAGAAGCUCAUCAUCGUUCAUCACUCUUCCUAAGGAAAAUAAGGACCAGGUACCUAUCAAAGCAUGGAUCCGUAAUGUCCCUGUUGAAGAAGAUGCACAAGGACAAUUGCAGGCCAUUGCAAAAUUACCAAUUGUUUACUCGCAUGUCGCUGCCAUGCCAGAUGUGCACAUUGGGAAAGGUGCUUGCGUUGGUUGUGUAGUUCCAACAAUUAAUGCAAUCAUCCCUGCAGCCGUGGGGGUAGACAUUGGGUGUGGGAUGAUGGCUGUCAAAACUUCUCUUCAUGCAAAUCAGCUGCCUGAUUCACUGAAAMGUCUCCGCUCAGCAGUAGAAUGUGCUAUCCCACAUGGGAGAACAAACCAUGGAAAAACUGGUGAUAUAGGCUCCUGGAAAAUGAAUAGAAUACCAGAAAUAGUUAAGAAACAAUGGAGUCAAAUAUCUAAAGAUUAUGAGUACAUAUGCACCAAACAGCCUUCUGCAAAAGCCAAGARUAAUGUUAACCAUUUAGGGACYCUUGGRACUGGAAAUCACUUUAUUGAGAUGUGCCUGGAUGAGUGGGAUAGUGUGUGGUUCAUGCUUCAUUCAGGGUCACGUGGUCCAGGCAACAGGAUUGGUUCAGUCUACAUAGAACUAGCCAAAGAAGACAUGAUCAAGAUUGAUAAAACUGCAAAGGUCGACAAGAAUUUAUCAUAUCUCAAGGAAGGCACGCAAAACUUCAAAAACUAUGUGUUUGCAGUCUCUUGGGCACAGAAAUAUGCUAAAYUGAACAGACAAAUUAUGAUGACUCAUUUGAUUGAUGCUGCAAAGAGGUGUCCUGAUAUGCCAUCCUUCUCAGUUGAUCUACAAAAUGCUGCAGUCAACUGCCAUCAUAACUAUGUCAAUGUUGAAACCCAUUUUGGUCAAGAGGUUUAUCUUACACGAAAAGGCGCAGUUUCCGCACGUAAAAAUGAGCUUGGUAUCAUUCCUGGCUCGAUGGGAGCCAAGUCAUACAUCGUUAGAGGGAGAGGAAAUCCCGACUCAUUUCACAGCUGUAGCCACGGUGCUGGGAGAGUCAUGUCCAGGACAAAAGCCAAAAAGACGUUUACUAUACAAGAUCACAUCCAAGCCACACAAGGUGUAGAGUGCCGUAAGGAUUCCUCAGUCAUUGAUGAAACACCAAUGGCUUACAAAGACAUCGAUCAAGUCAUGGCAGCUCAAAGUGACCUAGUUGACGUAGUACACACACUAAAACAGGUUUUGUGCGUCAAGGGCUGACACCAUGUGAGACUCGAAACCCAGUGGUGUCUUCACGACAUCCUUCUAGCAAUGCUCAACUGGAUACCAACGUGAUGAACGCCCUCGGUGACCUUGACGAAUCACCUUUGAUCCAUCUCCAUGGACAAAGACUGGUAUCURCAGGUAUCUACGUUAUUGCCGUCUUCCCAGACAUCUUACGAGGGACGGAACUUGGUCAARUUGACCCACGUUCUCAACAGUUGAGUGUCAUGGAAGAAGAGACAUUUUAAUCUUCAGAACAUCUUUACAACGAGAAAAAAAGUACAAAGACAAACAUUACUUGAGAUAAAAUAAAAUGCUUUUCUUCUGACA